AAAUUCUAAAACCCUACGAAAAGCCCUUCUUCGGUUCUUCCUCUGGCUUCUGCAUUCAAGAACAGAAGAAACAAAAACUUUCUUGCUUCCAAAUUUGAUUUUAAUUGAGCAUUAUGUAUAGAAUAGCUUCAAGAAAAUUAGCUUCAUCGAUUCGGCAUCAAAUCUCCUCUUCGAAAAACCUGGUUUGCGGUAGUAAUCUUGUACACUGUAGAAAUUAUGUGGCAAAAGAUAUCAGUUUCGGUAUCGGAGCUCGAGCAGCAAUGUUGCAGGGUGUCAAUGAAGUUGCAGAAGCUGUUAAGGUCACUAUGGGACCUAAGGGUCGAAAUGUCAUUAUCGAAAAAAGUUACGGGGGACCUAAGGUGACAAAGGAUGGUGUCACUGUUGCUAAAAGCAUUAAGUUCAAUGAAAAGGCUAAGAAUGUUGGUGCUGAACUUGUAAAGCAGGUUGCGAAUGCUACAAAUACUGCAGCAGGAGAUGGUACAACAUGUGCAACUGUCCUGACACAGGCAAUACUCAUAGAAGGAUGCAAGUCUAUUGCUGCUGGUGUCAAUGUGAUGGAUUUGCGUACCGGUAUUAAUAUGGCUGUCAGUGCUGUUCUUUCUGACUUAAAAAAGAGAGCUGUGAUGAUAAGCACACCUGAAGAAAUUACACAGGUUGCCACUAUCUCUGCAAAUGGUGAACGCGAGAUUGGAGAAUUGAUAGCGAGAGCAAUGGAAAAAGUUGGGAAGGAAGGAGUCAUAACUGUUGCUGAUGGGAAUACCUUGGAAAAUGAAUUGGAAGUAGUAGAAGGAAUGAAGCUUGCCAGAGGUUAUAUUUCUCCAUAUUUUGUUACUGAUCAGAAGACCCAAAAAUGUGAGCUUGAAAAUCCCUUUAUCCUCAUUCAUGAGAAGAAAAUUUCAGAUUUGAAAUCACUAGUGAAAAUAUUGGAGCUUGCUAUAACAAAUAACAGACCACUUCUUGUUGUAGCUGAGGAUUUGGAAAGUGAAUCUUUAGCUAUGCUUAUUCUCAACAAGCAUCAUGCUGGAGUCAAGGUCUGUGCCAUUAAAGCUCCUGGUUUUGGGGAAAACAGAAGAGCAAAUUUAGAUGAUCUUGCCGUUCUGACUGGUGGAGAGGUUAUCAGCGAAGAUCGUGGUUUGACCCUUGACAAAAUUCAACUGGAAAUGCUUGGUACUGCUAAGAAGGUUACCAUCUCUCUUGAUGACACAAUAGUUCUUCACGGUGGUGGUGAUAAAAAGCUGAUGGAAGAAAGAUGUGAGCAGUUAAGGGCAGCCAUGGAAAUGAGUACUGCCACGUUUGACAAGGAAAAAGCACAGGAACGACUGUCAAAGCUGUCCGGUGGGGUUGCUGUCUUCAAGGUUGGAGGAGUUAGCGAGGCUGAAGUCGGGGAAAGAAAAGAUAGGGUGACAGAUGCUUUGAAUGCUACCAGAGCAGCUGUUGAAGAGGGUAUCGUCCCUGGUGGCGGUGUUGCUCUUUUGUAUGCCACAAAAGCUUUGGACAACAUUCAAGUUCAAAAUGAAGAUCAGAAAAGAGGCAUCCAAAUAAUUCAGAACGCUCUCAAGGCACCUGCAUAUACAAUAGUCUCAAAUGCCGGAUUUAAUGCUCCUGUUGUACUUGGCAAAUUGUUGGAACGCGAUGAUCAACAUUUGGGUUAUGAUGCCGCUAAAGGCGAAUACGUUAACAUGAUCAAAGAAGGAAUCAUAGAUCCCCUCAAAGUUAUCAGGACAGCCCUCGUAGAUGCUGCUAGUGUUUCUUUACUACUGACAACGACAGAAGCCGUGGUUGUGGAUAAUCCAAAUGAGAAAAAACCUCCUAGCCGUAUGCCAGACAUGGACUCCAUGGACUAUUAGAUCGAUUAGAUUAGAUUAGAUUCCGAAGCUGCUGCUACGGAGGCGCGAUCUAUACCAUACAACCUGAGGAUUAAUUGUUUCUUGUAAGCUGUACAUCUCCACAAUUACAAAUUUACAAACCAAGAUUUUGAAUCUUAAUAGCUUGAGAUGGAAGCCCUUCUCAAGAAAUCCUUGCCUGCAAGCAAGUCCCUUAUUUAUUGUAUCAUUCACUUUCAAGCAACACUCCAAGACCAUCAAAUAUUUUGGAAGGUUAUGGAGCUUCUUUUAUGCUUUUGCUUUGCAUAA